UGGGACGGGGAGAAUGAGUGACAGCUGCAAGCUGCAUUUGCAAUGGGAGAAUGUGUGAGUGUGGGAUGGUUUGGGGGUGCUGGUGAUCAGGGUACUAAACCUUCCUCUCUCCCAGCCCCUCCCCGCUGUGGUGCGAGGUUCUUGCCUGUGUCCUGGCCCAGUAGCCAUCUCGCUCGAACACACGGGGUCGGGGUGCAGUGGGCAGCCGGGGACUGGAGGGUGCCCUGCCCCCAGGACUGCUGGCUCUGGCACAUCUUGAGUUUCCCCACAUCUGGCACGCUGUUAGCUCACCUGGGCACAGCCCCGCUCCUGCCCGGUGAGCCCAGAAAGUGCGGCCUGUGGGGACCCGUGUUUGGAGAUUGACCACUGACUGUUCUUAGGUAACCAGGGCUGCUUACCUGAGGCUGACUUUUAAAAUAUAUGCAUUUUUACUGAUUUCAGAGAGGAAAUGGGGGGAGAGAGAGAGACACCAAUGAUGAUCAUCAAUCCACUGCCUCCCCCACCCCCCACUGGGAAUCAACCCUGACCUCCUGGGGAGGGGGUGGGGGCUGAAACUGAUUUCUGAAGCAUCGCCUUGUGAUUGCUCACGUGCUCAGCCAGCCUCUGAAGACUAGGGGUGCUCCCCCCACAACUGGAACCUAAGUUGGCGGGAGCUGCCUUCAUUGAGCCACUGCUAUGGCGGUCAUACCGCCUUCACAGGGGAACCGCGCAGGAAAAGAACUCAAGUCUGCUCACUGCUUCCUUUACCAUCCUCAUGUGACCGAAACGACAUCCCCAGGGAGCUUGAAAUGACCGUGUCCAAAAGUAAACAGCGAGCCGCCACGAUGCCUGUUCCCACUGGUGUCCCUGCGGCCACCCCGGGUCCCUGCGGCCUCCCCGGGGGGGUCCCUGCGUCGACCUUCCCAGCCCGCUAGGCUGGGGGCUUGGGGAUGAUUCUCCCCGACCCGCAGGACCCACCCCGGACUGAGGUCACGCCCUGACCCGGCUGCGCCCGCCCCUUCCCGGCGCGUUCCCUGGUCUCCAGGCUGCAGCAGCCGGUGGACACCCGCGGGCACAGCGGCGCCCGGCCGCACUCCUCCUCCCGAGGGCGCCAGGCUCUGAGCGGGCGCCGGGGGCCGAGGAGCCCCGGCCCAGACGGAGGGGAGGAAGGGGACGUGGCUUCCAGCCCCGGCUCCGGGGCUCCAUGCCCUUCCCGCCGCCUCCCGCCCGGGCCCCGGGGGUCCCGGCCGCGCGUCCGUCGCCCCGCAGGCCCGGAGCCCCACGGAAGGCAGCUGCGCCCGCCCGCGCCCCGCCCGCACCCGCGCCGCCCGCCGCCCGGGAGAAGCUGCGGCCCGAGGCGCCGCCGUCCCGCUCCUGGCCCUCGGCCACGCUCCCGAGGCCCCCGGCCCCUGCGCGCGCUCCGGCCCCGCCUGACCCCGGCCGCAGCCCCGUGCGGACCGCGGGGACCGUGGGGCCCGCCGCUGCCGCGCGCUCCUCCCCGCGCCUGCCCCCCGAGGCCGCCCGCCCGGCCCAGCGGCGCCACCCGGAGAGGCAGCUGCUCGCGCGGCCCCGCCGGCCGCCCCUCUCGCCCGCGGCCGACGCCCGAGCCCAGGUGGCGGGUCCGCGCGGGGGAGGCGACCCCGGGGGCCUGGGCGCGCGCCGGCCGGUGGCCCCGCUGCUGCCCCGCGGCCCGCACACCCCCCGGCGGCCGGACCUGCGCCGCGCGCUCCCGGUGUCGCUGCUCAGCGCCCGGCACCGCGACCACGACCACGACGUGGAGGCCGCGGAGGAGGAGGCCGCGGCCCCGGACGAGGGGCUGGUCCGCAGGUGCACCGCGUGGCUGCGGGGCGUGGAGGCGGCGGCGGCCGCACGGGCCCUGGACGCGCUGCCGCACCUGAGCGCGCUGUGAGCCGCCGACCCCGUCCCGCCCCGCCCCGCCCCGCCCCGCCCCGCACCCGCUGCCCCGCACCCGUGCGCCAGGUGGGCCUCCCGGACGCUCUGCACGGGGCCCCGGAGCAGGGCUGGACGGUCGCCCGGUGCCCACAGCCGCACCUGCGCUUGAGCUCCACCUGGGCGACCUCGUGGGACACAGCCUCUCUGCGGUCCGCCACGCGUGUCCGGGGCUCCUGUGAGCCAGGAAGGAAGCCACCACAUGGAGAAAGCUUAGCCGGAGGUCGAUUUGCGCGGAAGAGCAGCUGAUGGAUGGAGAAAGCCGGGAGUUGAGGGGUGGGGGGUGGGUGGGCGUGCGAAAGCCAGUGACAGGCCUCGUGUUAGGUUGCAUGGAGUGAUUUUUGGAAAUAUUCCUAUUGAUUAUUCGGGUGAAGGGUAGACUCCUCCGCCUUUCAGGGCCGCGCCCCUCCCUGCUGACUCUGGCCGAUUCCUGGGUGUUCUCUCCUUCAUCCGAGUACAUUUAACUCAUUUAAGGUUGAGAAGGGAAGAACGGUUAUAACCCGAUUAGGCCGGUUGUGGGAAAUAACAUUACCGCAGUUUGGGACUGACUUUGUAAUGUUUACUGGUUUAAUGUUUAUGUUGUUAGACUUCAAUGUGUUGAAUCUCUUUUAAAAAUAGAUUGUUUGUAAGGAAAUAUGUUUUCAGAGAGAGGGAGGGAGCGGGAGAGAGAUGGAAACAUCACUGAUGGGCUGCCUCCUGCACGCCCCCACUGGGGAUCCAUGUGCCCUGGUCAGGAACUGAACCCUGACCUCCUGGUUCCUGGGACGCUGGUGGGGCUCACGUCUUAAUUAUAUUUUACAUUGAAGCUUUCCAUGUUUUAAAACCAAUUUUAUAUUUUUCACGUGGAGAUCUUCGUGCUAAUCGCUCUCCCCACACCCCUCAGCACAAAUUCAUUGGGAGCUGGCGCAGCCCCCAGAGGAGCCGUGAAAACAACACCCCUUCACACCGAAUAGCUAUCUUUCCUGACCCCUCCGAGAGCCAAGAGCCGAGAGCGAAGAGCCACACUGCUUCUAACGGAACUGGACAUUUUAGCACCGGAGGCAGAGUGUGCGGUCCUGGGAGGCACCACCGAGGCCCCUGUCCCGCGAGAGCUCUGCGUCCGGGGAAGGGGCCGGACUCUGGCCGUCACUGGUCACCAGCAGGCGGAGAGAGAACUGAGCUCUCGGUGGGCAGCGACGUAACAUGGUCUCAUUUGCAUGUGGUGCGAGGACUGAUAGCCAAGGGACCCGGGUUUGUGCCCAUCGUCACAGGAAUACAUUUCAGGGACUUCCCCAAAGUCAUGGCUUUGGGAGGCCGCCCGUCUCUGCUUUUGUGUGUCUCCCGUCCUGUCGCUGUUCGGGCGCGUGGGCCUCGCCACCCGCGGGUCUGUCUCUGGGUCCCUGUGUUUCCUUCCUUCCCGCGCCCUCUCUCUCCGGGUUCCCUGCCCCCCCCCCCCCCCCCCCCCCCGCGAACUCCACGGGAGGCGGGGCCGGGCGCUCCUUGUUGCUCCGCAGGUGCCUGAGGCCUGUCCCCGUUGCUGCCGCCGUUCCAGGAGGCUCCCAGGUCCCCGUGUCAGUUCUCAGUGUUGAAAUAAAAGACAAGUCCGUGCCCGCUGUUCCUGUUUGAGGAAGAGCGAGGUCGCUGAGGCAGACUUUGUCCCGGGUGGGUCUCCGCGGCGCGCCCACCCCAGCGUCUGAUUGUCGUUACCAGGAUGUCAAACACGAUGAUCGGCGAUGACCAGAUAUGAUGAGGAGGAGGCUGUUGGGUCCCAAAGCCCCAUGGGAGCUGUUUCCAAAUACACUCACAAAAGUGGGUGCCGCCCAGCCAUGGUGCUGGCCGCUGUUCAGGAGGCUCGCCGACCCCAGGCAAGCACUUCUGUCCUCUCACCAGAACAUCCUUCUUUCGCCAAAAGCAAUUUCAAAGGGGCAGGCACAGCCAUCAGAGCUGAGGUCAAUGUGCAUAAUGAGCCGGGGGGUGGGGGGGUGGGGGCAGGGCAGGGCUGAGCUGGCACGUGGCCGCGGUGUUGGCUGGGGCAGCCUCACUGGCCGGCCUGGGGGCUGCAGUGGGCGCUGGCUGGUAGGGCCAGUCGCCCGAGCCCUGGAACGGUGCCCCCUCUGCACAGACGGGGCCUCAGACAAAGGCCCCUUCAUCACUCGAGCCAGCGAGUGCCCCUUCCUGAGCCCUCGGCGGGUUUGCAGAGACGCACCCGGGGUGGCGGAGGGCCAAACCCCAAACCCCAGGGUGCAUCACUGCGAACAGUUGCCCGUCUGUCCUAAAGCACAGCUGUCCCGGCCGCCGGCAGCCGCGGCGCCCACGGCCCUGGUGGCCUCAUCGAGGGGAGGAUGUCAUCUGCACGAUGAACGUCCCGGGACCUGUGGACACGGACAGUGGCUGUUUGCCUGGUGGUAGAAAGUGCGCCCACAUGUUCUCAGUGCAGCGGCCCACGCACAUGCAGAGGAGAAGGUGGUGCUAGUGACACCCAGAGCCACAGUUUCUGCCCCCACGGACCCCCAGGGCCGGGACCCCAGAGCCGGACGGGAAGGUCUGCACCUGAACCCAAAGCCUUGGCAGGCGGCAGGCGCGCUAUCCAGGAGGCUGUGGUGCUGAAACGCUUGGUUCUCGCGAGGACAGGCGAGCCCCCUUCUGGCCACGGGUUCCCUCCCAGCUUCUGCGUGUUCAUGAAGUCAGUGACUUUACCCCCUUAAUUAAGAUCUAGCCUGGCCCGGGUGGCCCAGUGGUUGAGCACUGACCUACGAACCAGGAGGUCAGGGCACACGCCCGGUUGUGUGCUACAUCCCCAGUAGGGGGCGUGCAGGAGGCAGAGGAUCCAUGAUUCUAUCUCAUCGUUGAUGUUUCUAUUCCUCUCCUUUCCUCUGAAAUCAAUUAUUUAUAUAUAUAAAGAUUUGGAGCUCAUUUGGCCCUAUUGCUCUCAUAAACUCACACUAUAUUCGACUCAGCCCUGCGGGGACUUACGGAAGGGUGGCCUUGCCUCUGACGGGUAACCGCUGACUUCCCGGUGGAGUGAACAAAUCCAGUGUAAAAGGAAGAGCUGCAGUGCUUCCCGACCCCGGGGACAGGGGCGCCCCGACAUGAACCGGGACUCGGUUUCCCCUUAUUCCCAGUCACACUUCUCGCCCUGGUGCCAGGACUGUGGCCCCUGAAUCACCUCACAGGGUGGAGGUGCCGUGGACUGAACACUAAACAGGAGACGACUUCUGCGCCCACAGGUACUAGCCCGCGGAGGUGGCCUCGGGCUGAAGGCAUGAGUCUAAGCGUCACACAUUGAGCACGAAGCUUCUCCGGUGCCGCCAGACCCCGGGGGCUCCUGGGAGGAGGGAAUCUGAAAGGCCAGGCUGCUCACAGUGAGUCCAGCUCGAACCAGGCAGCGGCCGGGCGGGAUGGAAAGAGGAUGGUGGGGAUGCGGGCCACGGACACACAGCGCCGGUCACCAGGGUGUCAGGCUCCUGUGGUGACAGCCGGCCGGAGAUGCGCAGUGAGGCUGGGUGGCGUGGGAGAGUCACGGCUGGGCUGGGGGUGAGGAAGGUGAAACUGAGGCAGCAGAGGGACAGGAGGGGACCCGCAGGACAAGGGGAUGGGCGCCCCGAUGCCCCAGAGCACCUGCCCGCUCAGCCGUCGGCCCAGCAUGGCCCAGGAAGGACCCGGCCCGCUGUCUCCAGGGACCGGGGGAGAUUACGACCUGGAAACGCGCAGGCGUGGCCGUCCCUGUGUUGGAAACACGGUGGGAACCAGCAGGGCGUUGCUUGGUGUUGUUUGGGGGAUGAACCAGCAGCAGAGGGCGGAUUGUUAUGCCCUGAUUCUCACGCAAAGAGCCCAGAAAAAGU